AUGGCUUCCACAGCAAUCAUCAACGUCCGCGUUUUCGACGGCGAAAAUGUCCUUCCAGCCACGACGGUGGUUGUAUCCGGUGCGACGAUAAAUGCCGUGGGAGGAACCGUCCCGGACGGAGCGACAGUGAUCAACGGCGAAGGCUGCACGUUAUUGCCCGGCCUCAUUGACUCUCACGUCCACACCGGCAUUCCGCAGCUGGAACUCGCCCUCAAGUUCGGGGUCACGACCGAGCUGGAGAUGAUGGGCUACUGGGACGCGGAGUCGCGACGACAAAUCGCUGAGCGCGACGACCUCGCGGACCUGCGCACAGCAAGUUAUGGCUUGACAGCCCCAGAUGGCCAUCCGAACCAGUUGACCAAGCGCCUCGAUGCGUCGGUGCCGCUGCCGCAUCACCACCAUCAUGAGACCCCGACGGGUGAAGCGGUGCUCACGACCGCGACCACUCCCGACGAGGCGGUCGCUUUCGUCAGACAACGCGUCGACGAAGGGGCGGAUUACAUCAAGAUCAUGAUCGAAGACGGCACGGUCUUUGCGUCGCCGGGGCUGCCUAUGUUAUCUCGAGAGACGCUAUCGGCCGCGGUGACCGAGGCACACAAGCACGACAAGUUGGUAAUAGCCCAUGCGAUGACUUAUGAAGCCGCAGAAGUUGCCGCCGAGGUCGGCGUCGACGGUCUCUCUCACCUCUUUCUCGACCGGGUCGCGGAUUCGAACAUCCUGGAGAAACUGAAGAGCAAAUUCGUCAUACCGUGUCUCUGCCUCGACGCUUCCAUCCUGGGCAUCAAACCCACUGCAUUCGCCAGCGAUCCCCGCGUAUCUGCUUCGCUUCCGCCAGCCUGGCUCACCCACCUCGAGGGCAGCAUGGACACCUUCCCCAGCGGCGACUUCACCACCGUGCUCAAGACCGUAGCGGCCCUGCGUGCAACGGGGACCAUCGACGUUCUCGUCGGCACGGACAGCUCCUUUCCCGUCCCCCAUCUCGCGGGCAUCGCCCACGGCGCCAGUGUUCACUACGAACUGCAGCUUUUGGUAGAAUCCGGGUUCACGCCCGUCGAGGCAUUGCGUGCCGCGACGAGCGUUCCUGCCCGGUGCUUUGGGCUCGGUGAUCGGGGAUUGAUCAGAGAGGGGAUGCGUGCGGAUUUGGUCCUUGUCCAGGGGGAUCCGACGGGGCAUAUUCGCGAUACGCUCUCCGUGAAAUCUGUUUGGAGGAGAGGGAAGAUGUUGGCUUCCUCCGCUGGUUGA